AUUUAUGUUGGGUAGUUUAGAUUCUUGCGCUAGUCAAUUCAUUUUGGAUUGGUAAAGUAACAAAGAUGAUAUAUUUUAUUUCUAAAAUUUAGUUUUAGCAUUUUAAUUCUUUUGGAAGAAAAUAGAAAAAGCACUCACUUGCAAAAUGGAUCAUUUUUGCACAUACUGUAGUGUGAUAGUAGGAUCUGAGGCAGAAUUGCGAGCUCACUGCAAUUCUGAAGGGCAUCAACUAACGAUUAUGAGCGAUGAAGGCCGUGAGUGGAAAUAUCGGGCACCAGCUAGAGGAAUGGGUGCUGAUCAGUAUGCCUUAUGUUUGUCUUACUCAUCUACUGGAAAAUGCCGUUUGGGACAGCUGUGCUGUGAUGCACAUGGUGAAGAGGAGCUUUUAGAAUGGAAAGAGAGAUUUGAUUAUCGUCAAAUGAAACUACAACGAGCCAAAGAGUGCAGGUUACAAGGAAGACAUUACACCGAGCAGCUGCUUGAAAAGUGGUUGACUUCGACAAAUCCUAAUCUCAUUAUGACUGAAAGUUUAGACUCUGUGGAAUUAAGUGUAGAGCCAGAUUUAAAUUUGACUGUCUCUGAGAAGAAUUGCUGUAGAGAGUGGACUUUUCAUUUAUCUGCAAAGGCAACAUUGAAGCACGUUGCCUUGCUGUAUGAAACACACAGAAACCAUUUUAGGAUUUCGUUGCUGAGAUCUGGCAGAGUUUCUGGUAUAAAAGAAUAUAAUUUAGGACCACACUGCCAGGAAUGGAGUAAUGCAGACAACAAUGAAUAUAAAUAUGAUCAAUAUACUUGCAAAGUUCGUUUCCUGACUUCAAUCUAUGGCACCUUCAGGCAAGCUAUAGUAUUUGAUUUUGGUUUUGAGCCAGUAUUAGUUCAAAAACUGUGUGUCGAUGUGGUUUCUUCUUCAGAUAUGGAAAAACUUCAACAAGCAAGAGAUACGGCUGUAUCUUUUACUGAGCGUUGGAGUAGCAAUGAUGUAACUGUUGUUCCAUUUGAAAAUCGACCUUAUUCAUUAGGAGAGCGGGAAGAAUGUCUUCUGACAUGCUAUCCUGCUCCCAAUGGCAAUAAAUUCACUGUGACACAGUCUGUAAUGGAACCAACUAUCACCAAGAAUAAUUAUUGUGCUCGACAGCAUGAACUGCUCUAUAUUGAAGAAAUGGCUCAAUAUGAAUUGUUAUCUAGAUAUAAUGUCAAAGCACUUCUUAAUGUGACCAGUUGUUAUCUACUUACUCCAAAUUCAGCAGUGACUGCUAAAUAUGCUCAUAAUGGUGAAUUGUUUGCCAAUAUGCAAUUGUCUUCUGUAUUAUCUGAAGAUUCCUCGUCCGGGAGACUUGUACUUACAAACUGCAAUACUGUGCUAUUGGCUCCUGUUAAAACAAAAGGAGAAGAGCAAAGGAAGGUUUAUGAAGCUGUAAUUGAAGAUAAAGGUAAAACUGCAAUAUACAUUCGUCUUUCUAAAAGAUGCUGUGAAGAGUUAAAGCUUAAAGCAGAUCGGGAGUUUACAGCAGAGGUACAAUUUCAAUUAAAUCGCUUACCUCUUUGUGAAAUGCAUUUUGCUGUUGAUAGACUCCAUCCUCCUUCUUUAGUGUUUCCUGAUAUAGACACUAUUCCUAACAUGUGGAAUUCUAAUAGUGGAAAUUUGGACUUAGAGCCUUGGUUGAAUCCAAAACAAAAAGAGGCUGUUGAAGCAAUAAUUACUCCUUUAAAUCUCAGACUUCCACCAGUGUUGAUCAUUGGACCUUUUGGAACUGGAAAAACAUUUACUCUGGCCCAAGCUGUUAAAAUGAUUUUAAACGAUCCUUUGUCCAGAGUGCUUGUAUGCACACACUCAAAUAG